AUAACGUAUAAUUAAGCCAAAUUACAGAAUGAAAAAGGUUUUAUUAAGACAGGAUCUACAUAACAGUCUGUGCUGCACCUGUGUGUUGAGUAUUAUGGUUGACUGGUGCAUUCAGUCAUUCAUAAUAUGAAGAAUCUCUGCAAAACUGCAAAGUGUGAAACUGCUUUACUUCUCUCGGUAGGUUGUUAUCCCUGUUUUGUUGUAAAAUAAUUGCUCCUGCCAAAUUAGUCGCUCCGUCAUUCAUUCCUAAUCAACAAGCUUCAAAAGACAACAAAAUCUAAGUCUAAAAAGGUUGAAAGUAGUUGUGAACUUGUAAGAGUUGAAAGCUAAUGGCUUUGUGAAUUAUGAAUAAUGACUGGCGCUGCCUGCAGGGGCGUGUAAGAAGGGACGUUUCAGAAUAAUGUUAAGACAAUUGGCUUUAACAAGAGAACACAAAGUGAGUGUGUUGCUCUUGAGCUUCUUAAGUGUAUUGAAUUUUUUUUUUGUCUUCAUCUCAUCCAGUGUGUGCUGGGAUCGGCUCCAGCACCUUACAACUAUGAACAUGAUAAGUGGUUUAGAGAAGGAUGGCUGGAUGGAUGUUAAACUAUAAUUGUUGCCCUUUAGAACAUGUCUCCUGUCUCUCUGUGUUUCUAAAUGUCUUACUUUAUGCUUACCCUAUUUUCCCAUCUAAAUCUCCUCGUGUCCCUAAAUGUUCCUUCCUUCUGGAUUUUGGCAGCAUGUGGAGAGUGAGUCUCCUGGUGGUGAUGUUGUGUGCCACACUAACUCUGGCCCAGUUCCCUCGGGAGUGCAUCACUCCCGCGGGGCUGCAGAGCGGCCAGUGCUGCCCGUCCCCUACAGGGGCUGUGGGGGAUGAGUGUGGCUCCAGCACAGGAAGGGGGCAGUGCGUGACCAUUGCGGCAGACAACCGGCGCCACGGACCCCAGUACCCUUAUGCUGGGCGGGAUGACAGAGAGAGGUGGCCGCUGCGAUUCUUCAACCGUACUUGCCAGUGUAAUGGGAAUUUCAGUGGCUACAACUGUGGGCGAUGUCGACAUGGGCUGACUGGACCGAACUGUGAUCAGAGGAUCUCUGUGGUAAGGAGGAAUAUCAUGCAGAUGAGUACAGCUGAGAAGCAGGCGUUUGUCAACGCUUUGGACCAAGCUAAAAGGACUGUCCACCCUGACCUGGUCAUCUGUACAAGACGGUACCAGGAGGUACUUGGGCCUGAUGGCAACACCCCCCAGUUUGAGAACAUCACCAUUUACAACUACUUUGUUUGGACUCACUACUACUCUGUCAGUAAAACCUACCUGGGGCCGGGCCAGGCCAGCUUUGGAGGUGUAGACUUUUCCCACGAGGGCCCGGGUUUCGUCACCUGGCACCGUUUCCACCUUCUGCAACUCGAAAGAGACAUGCAGGACAUGCUGGGUGACCCCACCUUCGCCCUGCCCUACUGGAACUUCGCCAUCGGAGGCAGCGAGUGUGACAUCUGCACCGACGACCUGCUGGGAGCCAGGAGCUCCUUCGACCUGAACUCCAUCAGCUCCAACUCUGUGUUCUCCCAGUGGAGGGUCAUCUGUGAGAGCGUGGACGACUACGACACUUUGGGCACCAUCUGCAACAACACAGAGACUAGUCCUAUCAGGAGGAACCCAGCGGGUAACGUGGCACGGCCCAUGGUGCAGAGGCUUCCAGAGCCCCAGGAUGUGUUGGACUGUCUGGAGCUCAACGCUUUCGACACUCCCCCUUACUACUCCACCUCCUCUGAGAGCUUCAGAAACACCAUUGAAGGCUACAGCGCCCCCCAGGGGAUGUAUGACCCCGUCAUCCGCAGCCUCCACAACCUAGCCCACCUCUUCCUUAAUGGGACAGGCGGACAGACUCACCUCUCCCCCAACGAUCCCAUCUUUGUCCUGCUGCACACCUUCACUGAUGCUAUCUUUGAUGAGUGGCUUGGCAGGCACCAACCAGGUGAAGUAGUUUACCCUGAGGAGAACGCUCCUAUUGGGCACAACCGCAGGUUCAACAUGGUUCCUUUCUGGCCUCCUGUCACCAACGCAGAGAUGUUUGUCUCUGCCCCAGAAAACUUGGGAUACUCCUAUGAGGUUCAGUGGCCUGCCCGUGCCUACACACUGUCUGAGAUCAUCACCAUAGCCGUUGUUGCCGCGGUGCUGGUUGUGGCGGUGGUGGGUGGUGUCAUUGCCUGUGCCGUGCGAGCCCGGUCUUACCGCUCCGCUGAGGCCCUGGAGCCGCUACUGGGAGAGACUUUCCGACGGUACUCAGAGGAUGACCGGAGGUUGGAUAAAUCACAGUCUGUUGUCUAAAUCAACGCUUCUCUCUCGAGAGAGGCCUUAAAAUUUUCAUGCAUUUGUUUUGCUUUUUUUUA